UCGAGGUCCUUGCCUAUGUGGUUUCAUCUGCUCCAGCUACCUCUGUAGCUCUUACACCUAUUCCAACUUCUGCUUCUGGGAUUUUUGAGUUGUCUAUUGUUCCUACUGACCCUGCUCUAACUGAUGCUCCCAAGGCUCCUGUGUUGUCUGAAGGUCAAGCUGACCCUGCUUCAAUUGAGGAUCCUGAGGUUCCUGAGGUACCUGAGGCUCUAGCUAACCCAUUUACAGGGAUUUAA